AAUUGGUCGAUGUGGAGCCCUGUGUUUGGGGGUUUUUAGUACAGAGGGCAGCAGUUAGGUCUUCUUGUUGCGUGGGAAACCGUGGCGUGAACCUUUCUUGCUCACAUUUUCUUCAACAGGGCAAGGAGGGGUGGAAUUUAGGGUUCGCCGUUAGUAGAGCACUCCGAUUUCCUCGUCCCCGUCCCGGCCGAAUAAUACCGUCCUGCACACCUUUCCUUCCAGCUUGGUUGUGGCUUGCCGAACUCUGGGGACAUACUGGUCAGCACAUCCUGGGGAGGGAGGAGGACUCUUUACUUGAGGGGAGUAAAGACACUACUUGGGGAAGAAGGGCUCAGUCAUCCUUGAUGAGGUUCCAGGAGGAAAUCUCGUUCAUUUCGUCUCACCACCUCCUCAGCUUCCGUGCAAAGUUAAAUGUUAAAAGCGAAAGUAAUCUUAAUUAAUAGUUAAAAUUUUCUUGAGAUGUGGAGAUUUAGAGAUGUGUUAGAAAGCACAGCUUCACACAGGCUUCCAACAGAGUAAAUCUUGGAGUGUAAAAUUGUUCUCAUAUAAAUGACCUAGCAGGUGGAUGUGAUGGAUAGAAGUUGAAGCAUACAGUUGCUGUUGACCCUUCAACCCCCACAUUGGGGUUGUAAUACAAUCCUGUUGAUGCAGGAAAAUGGGGCGCAAGAGGAUAGCCACCUCCCAGGUCCCAGAGUGAAGCCAGACUUCCAGCCCUACCAGGGUUACCCCUUUGGCAACUGGUACGAGCAGCAGCACGGCUGUUACUCUCCUUCCGGCUGCAGCUGUGGUUAUGCACUGGAUGGAAAUGGACCCAGCCUUUAUUCUGCGCGUGAGACCCCUGGACACCCAGCUGAACCUUUGCUCCUACUCCAGGGAACCACAGCUCUGGCUGAAAACCCAGAUGAAGAUUCGCUAGAAGAUCCGAAUCUCCAUUUGAAUAUUGAGGAGUUAAACAAAGAAUUUAUGGAGGAAAGUGAAGAAUUCUACGACUCUCUCAUGAAUUGCCACUGGCAGCCCCUGGAUACAGUUCACUCUGAAAUCCCAGAUGAGACUCCGGAAAAGAAAGAUGUUCAUUAAGCUACCCAGAUAGCAUAUUCAUCAUAUUUUGAUUUUUGUGUUUGUUAAAAAAAAAAAAAUUCUCCCAGGAAUGUGUUGGAUUCUGUAUGUAAAUCCAGGAAUGUAUCGGAUUCCAUAUGUAAAUACAGAUUUCCAGGACUUCAGUGUGAUUGACAUGAGAGAAUGUAAUGUAAAUAAACUUGACCAGCAUAUUCA